UGGAUAGGUCUUUACAAUGACCGGGACAACUGGAGGUGGUCACUGUCAGACAGAAGUUUCUACAGACCCGGAGAGACAGAGUUCAGACUGUGGGGUCCUGGAGAACCAAACAACUAUUCAGGGAACCAAAACUGCACACUGAUUGAUCGUCUGGGACGAUGGAAUGACCGCAGUUGUGAAGAAUCUCGUCUGACAAUCUGCUUAGAUGUCAGAGGACCGAAUGUGACAUUUGUCUUGAUCAACAUCCCGAUGACAUGGACUGAGGCCCAGAGCUACUGCAGAGCAAACUACAGAGACCUGGCCAGUGUGAGGAACAUGGCAGAGAACCAGAAGAUACAGGAUCUGGUACCUGCUGGGGGCACAGCCUGGAUCGGACUUUCCAGAGACUCCUGGAAGUGGUCGGAUGGAAGUGACUCCACAUUUAGCUUCUGGGAUGCUGGGGAACCUGACAACUAUGGGAAAAAUGAGGCUUGUGUGACUGUAGACUUCUCCUCUGGACAUGGUCGAUGGGGGGACUGGAACUGUGAUGUGAAGUUUGCGUUCAUCUGCUACUACAGUCCACUUCCAAAGCAAGAGUUGAAAUUGUUCAAACUGAAGGUGAAGAAAAGCUCCUCUGCGGAUCUGGACGACCCUGCUGUGCUGGAGAACAUGUUGCUGACGGUAAAUCAUCUUUUAUACUUUUAUGAAGAAACAGAACAACCAGAUGAAUCUUUAAAGCAAAUUCAAAUGAGAUAA